GAGGAAGAGGAAAUAACUUCCGGAGGUCAAAGGUAAUCUUCGUAUUUGAAAACAUGGAUCCCAACAAAGUGGAUGAAGCAUCGGACAAGAUGAGUGAUGAUGGAGAAAUGGCAUCUGUUAUGGGGUUCUCAGGUUUUGGUAAGAAAGCCCGGACAUUUGACCUGGAAGCCAUUUUCGAACAGACCCGUCGAACAGCGAUUGAGAGGAGUCAGCUUGUUUUGGAGGGGCGGCAGAAGGAUGAUCAUAUGGAGCAGCAAGGUGAAAGCUCCCAAUCAACCAAGGCAUCAGUUCUUGCUCCAAGAGACAAAGCUACAGCUGCUACUGCGAGAAAACAGGAAAGUGGGGGCAGCAGUAGCAGCGACAGUGGUUCAGACUCGGAUUCUGAGCUUAUUGGGCCCCCGCUUCCUCCGCAACAGACCUCCCAGGGCGGUGAUGAUGAGCUUGGGUCACUGACUCGUGCAUCAGGCAGCACAGCUAAUAGUGAUGAUGAUGAUGAUGAAGAUGAUGAAGGGGAGGCACAAGAUGACGAUGAUAAUCCAGUAAAGAAGAUUCCAGACUCUCAUGAGAUCACAAUGCAGCACGGCACCAAGACAGUGUCGGCUCUUGCCUUGGACCCGUCUGGAGCCCGUCUGGUGACUGGCGGGUUGGAUUAUGACGUGCGUUUCUGGGAUUUUGCCGGCAUGGACCAGGCUCUGCAGGCCUUCAGAUCCCUCCAGCCCUGUGAGUGCCAUCCGAUCACAUCCCUGCAGUACAGCGUUACUGGUGAUGUCAUCCUGGUGGUUUCUGGCAAUGCACAGGCCAAGGUGUUGGACCGCGAUGGCUUCAACGUCAUGGAGUGCGUGAAGGGAGACCAGUACAUUGUGGAUAUGGCCAAAACUAAGGGUCACACGGCUAUGCUUAACAGUGGCUGCUGGCAUCCCAAGAUGAAAGAAGAGUUCAUGACGUGCUCCAAUGACGGGACCGUGCGCACAUGGGACCUGAAAUCCGAGAAGCAGCACAAGUCUGUGUUCAAACCGCGUUCCUUCCAGGGGAAGAAGGUCGUCCCCACGAGCUGCACCUACAGCCGCGACGGGAAGCUCAUCGCCGCCGGCUGCCAGGACGGAUCCAUCCAGAUCUGGGAUAGAAACCUCAGCGUCCAUACAAAGUUCCACUGUCGGCAAGCACACAACCCGGGAUCCGACACCUCCUGCCUCGCCUUUUCCUACGAUGGCAGGACUCUGGCGUCACGUGGAGGGGACGACACCGUCAAGAUGUGGGAUAUACGUAACUUCAAGAAGCCUGUGAAUGUAGCUACUGGGCUGUGCAACUACUUCACCAUGACUGACUGCUGUUUCAGCCCCGAUGACAGGCUUCUUCUAACGGGGACCUCUGUGAAGAAAGACGGAGGAAACGGGAAGCUGGUUUUCUUGGACCGAGUUUCCUUUCAGAGGGUCUAUGAAAUAGAAGUCACCAAUGCUAGCGUCGUCCGCUGUCUGUGGCAUCCGAAACUUAACCAGAUUAUGGUGGGAACUUCGAAUGGACUGGCCAAGGUUUACUAUGACCCUGUUAAAAGCCACAGAGGGGCCAAGCUGUGUGUCGUGAAGAGCCAGCGGAAAGAGAGACAAGCAGAGACGCUAACACAAGAUUACAUCAUCACGCCUCAUGCCUUACCCAUGUUCAGAGAGGCCCGGCAGAGGAGUACACGAAAACAGCUGGAGAAGGACCGACUUGACCCGAGGAAAUCCCACAAACCCGAGCCGCCUGUGUCCGGACCAGGUCGAGGAGGACGAGUAGCGGCUCAUGGCGGCACGCUGUCCUCAUUCAUCGUGAAGAACAUCGCUUUAGAUAAGACGGAUGACAGCAACCCCCGGCAGGCCAUCCUACGUCACGCCAAGGAGGCUUCGGACAACCCUUACUGGGUCGCCCCGGCAUACACGCAGACCCAGCCAGUGCCAAUGUUUGCAGAGGAAUCGGAAUCGGAUGAGGAGGCCGAAAAGGAACCAGAGUGGAAGAAACGCAAGAUCUGAAGUACCUCAAAAGCAGCUCAUUUUAUGUAGAAUGGCAGACAGGGUGGGCUUGUGUUUGUGUGCUUAUAGAAAUGCUUCAAUGGUGUUUCUGACAAUAACUGUGUUUUGGAUUGAUCCCGAGACCUCAGAUAUAUAUGAUAUAUACAUAUAUGAUCAUAUAUAUAAUCUCUCAAUUACGUUACUCAAUUGAAGUUGAAUUGAGUCUCUCUCCUCCCUCAUAAUGUUUCCUUAUUUGUAUUUAGGUGUUUUUUUCAUACUUGUUUACUUUGCAAGCACAAUAUAUUUUUAAACAGUUAAACUGUUCUAUUUCGCAUCAACGUCACAAAGAACUGUUUUUUUUUUUUUUAAAUGUGUGUUUUGAUUAUGUGGAUUUUAAAUUCAUAAUUUCUAUCGUCCACAUCUCCAGAGUUUGUCAAGGCCUCAUAAAGUGUCUCCAGAUUUUGUGGUCUGGUUGUGUUUAUCAGCUAUGAAGAACAGUUUGCAGGUUUGUAAAAACAAAAAACAUUGCAGCCGUUUGUAUUUCUUGCGUUACACUUUUUAAAGCUCUGGAGUUUUGUAUCACAUCCAAAAAAAUGGCAAAUAGCAAUCUGCUAAUUAGAUUCCACCUCAAGAGAAUAUUCAUUCCUUUGCAGGGUUCCUGUCAAAUAGUGAUAUGUUUUAUCCAAAUUAAAGCGAUACUUCUCUUUUUUA